AUGCCACACAUUCCAUUGGCUCUCCUUUCGGCUGCUGCUCUCACCCCCCUCACCUCCGCAAUGACGUUGCAAGAGGCCUUGGCCGAACCUGAUCCUGCGAAUUUCAUUUUCUAUGAGCAAGGUCCUUUCAAUCGGUUUAUGCACGCGGGUAUCGCCAUUCUCCUAACUUACUUUAUUCUGCUCGCGUUCACUGUCAUUACUACACUGAUUACGCGAUUAAAGGGAUUCAAGCGAAAGAUGCGCGAACCCAUCCGGAAGAGUUCUUUUAUGAAGUAA